AUGGCUCCCAAACGUUUCUCCUUCACCCUCUCCCCCGCGUCCAAGGCUACGAAGCGUGUGAUGGCUCAACGAACCGACAACCGUCGCUCUUUCGAUUCGCAGGCUAGUUCCUCCACUCUUGGCACUAAGCCUGUCGUCGAAGUCGAACGCUACUUGACGGCUCCGGCCACCCGCUGGACGACCGCGAAUCGUAUCUAG